AUGGCUCUGAGGCGCGUCCUACCCGCGCUGCGCCCCUACAUUCCCCGCUUCGCCCCACUGUCCACGGCGCCGGCCGUCCGCGAGCAGCCCGCCGCGGGCCCAGGAGUUCUGCCGGGAUGCGGGUCGGCCAAGGCAGCAGCCCACCGGUGCCCGCCGACUUCCGGCAACGCGCAGGAGGCGUACCGCAGCCGGCGAACUUGGGAGCUGGCGCGCAGCCUGCUGGUGCUGCGCUUGUGCGCCUGGCCCGCGCUGCUGGCGCGCCACGAGCAGCUGCUGUAUGUUGCCAGGAAACUUCUAGGGCAGAGGCUAUUCAACAAGCUCAUGAAGAUGACCUCUAUGGGCAUUUGCAGCCGGGCCAAGUGGGCUCUACUCUGGGGAGAGACGCUGAGGCCACCGCCCCACAUGAAGGCCAUGGCGGGUGGUACUGGCCUAACUCGUGAGGCCCAGGAGGAUGGAGGCGCUCUGAGGCAUGGCAAGCGAGUCCCAGCAGUGCUCUGGAGCACAAAGGAGGAGGCUGCAGCCUUAGAGGACCUGGAGGCACAUGAGGAGUCCCUGGCCCAUGUGGGGCAGCCCAGGAGCGGGACAAAUAAGCGAGAUAAGCAAUACCAGGCUCACCGGGCCUUCGGGGACCGCAGGAGUGGCGUCAUCAGUGCCCGCACCUACUUCUAUGCCAACGAGGCCAAGUGCGACAGCCACAUGGAGACAUUCUUGCGCUGCAUCGAAGCCUCAGGUGGGGUGGGCACCGGUGGAAGCACAGGGGCAUGCCAGAAACAGCACCAGAGGCCAAUGGGUGGGGGAAGGAUAAAAUGUGAACGAAUGGGGCUGAUCCAGGCCUUCUCACUUUUCAAGGAAAGUGUUGCAAAGAUGGGCAUCGCAUCCAGGGCUGAGAUUGAGGACUGGUUCACGGCGGAGACCCUGGGAGUGUCUGGCACCGUGGACCUGCUGGACUGGGGCAGCCUCAUCGACAGCAGGACCAAGCUCUCCAAGCACCUGGUGGUCCCCAACGCACAGACAGGACAGCUGGAGCCCCUGCUGUCCCGGUUCACUGAGGAGGAGGAGCUACAGAUGACGAGGAUGCUACAGCGGAUGGAUGUCCUGGCCAAGAAAGCCACAGAGGUGGGCGUGCGGCUGAUGGUGGACGCCGAGCAGACCUACUUCCAGCCGGCCAUUAGCCGCCUGACGCUGGAGAUGCAGCGCAAGUUCAAUGUGGAGAAGCCGCUCAUCUUCAACACGUACCAGUGCUACCUCAAGGAUGCCUAUGACAAUGUGACCCUGGGCGUGGAGCUGGCUCGCCGUGAGUGCUGGUGUUUUGGGGCCAAGCUGGUGCGGGGCGCAUACCUGGCCCAGGAGCGAGCCCGUGCGGCAGAGAUCGGCUAUGAGGACCCCAUCAACCCCACGUACGAGGCCACCAACGCCAUGUACCACAGGUGCCUGGACUACGUGCUGGAGGAGCUGAAGCACAACGCCAAGGCCAAGGUGAUGGUGGCCUCCCACAAUGAGGACACAGUGCGCUUCACACUGCGCAGGAUGGAGGAGCUGUGCCUGCAUCCCGCUGACCACCAGGUGUACUUUGGACAGCUGCUAGGCAUGUGUGACCAGAUCAGCUUCCCACUGGGCCAGGCCGGCUACCCCGUGUACAAGUACGUGCCCUACGGCCCUGUGAUGGAGGUGCUGCCCUACUUGUCCCGCCGCGCCCUGGAGAACAGCAGCCUCAUGAAGGGCGCCCGUCGGGAGCGGCAGCUGCUGUGGCUGGAGCUCUUGCGGCGGCUCCGAACUGGCAACCUCUUCGGUCGCCCUGCCUAGCACCCGCCAGCCCACCCUCGGCCUCCAGGCCCCCCCACCCCCACCCCAGGCUGUCACCACAGUUGUAACCAACCCCAUCCUCACAUAGACUCACCUUUUUUCACUCCACACUUGCAGAGCUGCUGGAGGUGGGGUCAGGUGCCUCCCAGCCCUGCCCAGGGUCUGGGCACUCAGGUGUGGGCCGAACCUGCUACCUGCCUGGGAUAGCUGCAGGGAACGGUUGGGAACUCUCCCCGGAUGUGUGGGCCCAAGGCCCCCACCUCUGUGACCCCCAUGUCCUUGGGCCUAGAGGAUUGUCCGCCUUCUGCCAGGGCCAGCCCACACACCCGAGCCCCUCGGGGAGCAGAGGCGGGGCUGGGGAGGCCCUGCCUGGUCAAUAAACCACUGUUC